GUUUAACAGGCGAAAGCAGUGUGCGUAGACCAACCCAGUACGGCCAAGACAACAGCACAUAGAAGAUGCUUACGGCAAGCAUAUUUUGCCUUCUAAACUCUUUGCUUAGUGUCUCCAGCAACUAUUUUUCAAUCACGGUUGCUACGGACGAGUGGCCAUAUGUUGAUUUCAUGAAUCACACACUUGGAGGAAGCGUGGAGUUAUAUUGUGGAUCUCAUCGUUCCUAUUUCGAUCCAAAUUCGGAGAGAAACUGUAAAGUCUACAGGUGGUUCUAUGAGCCCGAGACCAAAGAAUUGACCUGCGUUUGCAAUGUGUCAGACGUGGGUAACAAGGACAAAAGGCUAUUGCUAAAAGACAACGGCGCACGAGGGAUACUGGCAAUUUCGGAAGAGAGAUUUACAGAAUUUGAUAAAGUCAGUCAGGGCUCAUUUGCAUAUGAAAUGAAUAUCUGGACCCAAGCGGACGCAAAUGAAACCGCUCGUUUGCUAUUUUCUACUGCACCGAAUAAUUCCCUUGCCGCGCCAAGCAUAAAUUGCAACAAGAUAAGUAACGAGCACUACUUAUACGCUUGUAUAUUUAUACACCAUUACCCGGACGACGUUACAUGGGAUUACCCGGAGUACUGGAGCGGUCCUGUCCGGUAUCUCAAAUAUAUUACAUACAAUAAUGAGUAUACCGCGGUUCACGUUGGUGGAAUAUAUUGGCCAAAGAAGCAAACUGUUGAGAACGAAAAAUUUCACAUGGAUACGGUCAUGAAAGUCGAGCCAUGGAGAAUGGAUAUCUGCGCGUCAUUUUUCGAAAAAAUCCACGAAAAUUGGAGCCAACAGUCUAAAUGUCGUGUGGAAUUCAUUGAACGGGCAAUUACAAAUCCUCCAUACACAUUUGCAAGACUGAACGUAUUGAUCCCUGUUUACAUGGCCGAAGCACAGAUGACAUAUUUGACAGACUUGCAACUUGUCAACAGAUUGAAGAAGCCUGAGGAGAACUGCAUAUUUCCUGUACACAUAAGACGGAAAUCAGCGUCCUAUGUGCCUUCACAUACGGUUUUUUAUGGGAAACGCCUCGAGGUUAUUGUGAGUUUUGAGAAAGUGAGAAUCGUGCAGUUUCAUCAAGAAAGGAAUACAGACACGAUUAUUUGCAAUAAACUCAUUUACCUGUCCUCCAACAUAAUACAAGCGUGCAGCAACAUCACGAGAUAUGGGAGGUCGCAUAUAGUCGCAUCCGUUCUAAUCGGCCCAACUGUAGGUUCGGUGUACGAAGCCGAACUACAGCUUAUGUUACAACUGAACUCCAGGAACCCAGGACAAUGCUUUUACAAUGUGAUGCUCAAGGAGAUCCCCAAGGUUUAUUAGAAUAAACUUGCGUGCUUACGUUGUUAAAAACG